UGACGCUAACCCUCCUUGGCUAUCGUGUUUGUGUUGAAUUUAUUUAAAAUAAUGAUAAUUAAAUAACGUAUACUUACUAUUUAAUACUAGUGAUUGUAAGUAGAUAAUUAAUUGAUAUUUAAAACCGUUCACAAAAGUAUAAAACCAUGGCGGACGAUGUAAUCAAGCAUUCAGUUCACACCUUGGUGUUCAGAUCUUUGAAGAGGUCUCACGACAUGUUCCUAUCUAACCAGGGACUUCUACCGCCUAUAGACGAAAAAGCAGAAAAGAUACUGAAGACAGUAAAAGCAAGGGACAGUUAUGGACAAGUGCUGGCAACUGUGCAGCAGGCACAAGCUGUCAAGCAGCAGGAGGCCAUGAGCCGGCCGGAGACUCCACACGACAUGACAGAGAUGGCAGAAUCAGCAGCGCUAGGGUCAGAGUCAGCCAUGCUUCCCUAUACUGGCCCAGCACCAUCGCCUGCGCCGCCCGCGGGUGCCCUCACGGCUCUGCCUCGGAAGGCGCCCGCCAUGCCCAAGCCCAAGUGGCACGCCCCUUGGAAACUGUUCAGGGUCAUAUCCGGGCAUUUAGGAUGGGUGAGAUGUGUGGCAGUUGAACCGGGGAACGAGUGGUUUGCUACCGGUGCUGCUGACAGAGUAAUAAAAAUUUGGGACUUAGCUAGUGGAAAACUAAAGGUGUCACUUACAGGACAUGUCAGUACAGUCAGAGGGUUGGAAGUAUCAUCAAGACACCCAUAUCUUUUCAGCUGUGGAGAAGACAGACAAGUUAAAUGCUGGGACUUGGAAUAUAAUAAGGUGAUCCGGCACUACCACGGGCACCUGUCAGCCGUGUAUACGCUCGCGCUUCACCCAAGCAUCGACGUGCUCGUGUCGGCGGGACGGGACGCAACGGCGCGCGUCUGGGACAUGCGCAGUAAGGCCAAUGUCCACACGCUGGCCGGACACACGAAUACUGUCGCCUCUGUUGCGUGCCAGGCGGCCGAGCCACAGAUCAUAACCGGCUCCCACGACUCAACCAUCCGUCUAUGGGACCUCGCCGCCGGCAAAUCCAUGUGCACACUGACCAACCAUAAGAAAUCCGUCCGCUCCGUGGUCAUCCACCCGUCGUUAUACACGUUCGCGUCCGCUUCCCCGGACAACAUCAAGCAGUGGAAGUGUCCGGAGGGCAAGUUCAUCCAGAACUUGUCCGGACACAACGCGAUCGUUAACUGUAUGGCUGUGAAUCCCGAGGGUGUGUUGGUCAGUGGAGGGGACAACGGGACCAUGUACUGCUGGGAUUGGCGGACGGGGUAUAACUUCCAGAGGUUGCAGUCGGCAGUGCAACCAGGCUCCAUGGAUUCCGAAGCGGGCAUCUUCGCGAUGUCGUUCGACCGCUCGGGCUCGCGCCUCAUCACGGCGGAGGCAGACAAGACCAUCAAGAUCUACCGCGAGGACGAGGCCGCGUCGGAAGAGACGCACCCCAUUAACUGGCGACCAGAGAUCUUGAAGAGGCGGAAGUUCUAAAUAUACGAUUUUAUACCA